UUUGAGGUUAUUUCAUGUUUGCUGGGCCGCCUUCCCUCCCAACCGCAGCCUGAAGCUGUGGGGGAGGGGAGCCUUGUGUUCCCUUUCUUCCCGCGGGGGUGUGCAUGUGUGUGGAUGUGUGUGCUUGUGUGUGCGUGUGUAUGGUGGUGGGGGGAACACGGUAUUACACAAGGACGACUAUCCCGGCCCCAAACGGGCACCCGCGGGGGUCCCCAGUCCGAAUCGGCUCGAGACGGAAGGCAAAAACUCGCCAGCGUGUGGUUAAAUCCGCUUUUUCUUCCUUUCAGGCGAAAUGUCUGUAAUUUUUAGAUUGAAACUUGAAAGAUAAAUCAAAAUGGACCUUAACAGACUAGGUAAAAUAUACCCCUGCGCGUUUAUAAAGACGUAUUCCUAUGCUGUGAGAUAAUAACGCACGUUGUUCACCAUCUGUAUCUUUUAGAGCACAGAAAAAAAUGUCGCCAUUUUGGUCUCCUGCUGAAAUAUUAUUAAUCUUUGGGCUUUAUCUUGUUCCCAGAACCAUCCUUGCCUGAUGCUGAAACCUUGUCAUGCAUCCAUGAAUCUAUAUAGAGCUUUUCUGCAUAAAUAGAUAAAGCAUGCUCAGUCUAAGAAAGGGAUUGCAAAUAUAUUUAUACUGUGCUGUUUAUUGUGUAUAUAGAUAUGUAACCGUGGAAGGAAAGGUUAUGUAGUCGGAUAUUUUUCAUUGAAACCUGAUUAUUACCCAACACAGACCAACGACUGAUUAUUGUUUUGCAGGCGAAGGAAGCUUUUUUGCAACAUUGCAAGACGCUGCUCGUUUCAAAUGAGCGCCCGUUAUAAAAUCCAAGCCGGUCCCCCACCCCUCGGAGCAGUUAGGUUAGAUACAACAAAAGGUAACGGUACAGCCGAUAAUUCUUACUGUGGGGAUCCUUUGACACCACGAAGUACGUUUAGGAAAGAUGUCCAAAGAGAAGGAAUUUGGCUUUUCACCCCCCUCUUCCCACUCCAAAAAAAAAAAAAAUACAGCCGAUUUUGCCCCCUUCUUUCCAGAAACUGUACUCAACCCCUUCCUCUGAGCCUGGAGGUUGCAAAUGAAAAUUUGUAUUUUUGCAUUUAAGAUUCUCCCGAUUUAAAGAUCCCUCUGGAGGCAGCAGUAAUCGAUUUGCCGAAGAAUUUCGCGUCCUCUUUCCAAAGGUUUUUUGUUCCAGGUGGUUUUUGUAUUAGACUGACCACAAGAAACAAAUGUGCAGAAUAGAGACACCCACACAGGUUUUACUCACAAAGCCUGGUUAAAGUCCAAACCUCUCUCUUUAUUAUAUGUCAUCCUGCUGUUAAUCCCAAUAUUUUCCAGAGAGGGAAAAAAAAAAAAAUUAAAGAAAAUAAAAAGAAAAGCCCGACCCCGAGGUAGGCACUGAGAAGCAAAAUAAAACCGGACUUUUCCUACAAGCAGCCCAGUCCUCUGCCAGCAUAUUUUAAAAGCAGCUUUUUUCCUUGUUUACUUGCGUUUCUUGCUCUGCCUCUUUUCUCGGCCACAUUUGAUCUUGGAAAGAGCAAGAAGCUUUAAAUGUGUUCUUAAGGGCCAGUAGCUGUCAAACCUUUUGGCGGCCAAGAUUGAUCGCGCGCAGACACCACCAGAGCUUUGUUUGGACUAAAAGCAAGAAAAUUAAACCCCUUGCAUUUUCCAACAGCAUCGAUAUUUGUAAGGCAUCCCUUUUGAGGGAUUAAAUGACAAGUCUUGUUCUAGAUUUUAUUUAAACAAGCAACCACCAAAAAGCCCAUUUAAAGCCUCCCGGCCCCUCCCCUCCCCCUCUCUCCAAUGCCUUCGCAGAGAUGCUACAUCUUGUGGGUGCAUUAACUUAAAACCGAUUUUUAAAAUGCACUUCGUGCAGUCUGGGCGCAGACUGAUCCGCUGAGUGCUUGGGGUCUUGUUUUUCCUUCCCCCCCCCCCCUUUCUUUUCCUUCUUCCAUCUUCUUUUUUUUUUUUUUUUCUUUUUUAAUUACGAAGACUGUUACCGACCCCUUUUUGGCAGCUCCGAAAAUAAAGCGAGGUGGCUCGGCAUCGCGCUGGCGAUGGUCCCUGACUCCUGGAGGACGCGGAGAGCGGUUCUGAAGCUUCUUCCCCCCCGGGCCACGGCGCCCCCCACCUCGCCGGGCCCCCCGGCUCCGCGGGAAGGCAAGUCCCAUCCGGGCUGCCCGGGGCGGCUGUGACCACGGGAUUCAUCAGGCUGGUGGCUGUGGCCAGCAUUGUCAUCGCUCUCCCUCAGCCUGGUCGGAAAACUGUGCCCAAAGCAUCCAAAUUCGGGACUUGCCUCGACCUACCAGGGGCGACUGGAGGCGGCGGCGGCGGGAGCCAAGCGUCGGAGGCAAGUGCCCGUCUCUCAAGUCACAACCCCGCAGCAUUUGUGCUCAGCCUGGCCCCAUGAAAACAAACCCGCUAUCAGCCCAUAUAUUUCCUGGUAAUCGAAAAUACUCACCAGAGCCAGCCUACUACGGUUAUUAAGCAAAUUAUGCCAGCAGACGGGAGUAUCGUUUGCAAGCUAAGGCACAGGAUUUUUUUUUUUUUUUAAGAGGCAACAGCCAGACGCGUUUUCAGCCUCGCGAUUUGGCUCGCCCAGAGAUGUACUCCUAGGGUUAUGUUUUACGGUCCAAUCCCGGGAAGCCAACUGGAGAGGGAAGUCAUGAAGCACAAGGGCUGCUGCCUAUGUGACUCUUCCCCUAGAAGCAAUGUUGCUGAGGAAGAUCCUGUUAAACAAUGGCUCAGCACCGGCUGCCAAUUGUUCUCCGUACUGUACACCCGAUAGCUACCAAAAGAGAAAAAAAAUUAAAAAGAAGGAAAAAACAAAAAGAAAGAUAAGAAGAAACAAACAAAAGAAAGAAAAAAAAGGAAAGAAAGAAAGAAAGAAAGAAAGAAAGAAAGAAAGAAAGAAAGAAAGAAAGAAAGAAAGAAAGAAAGAAAGAAAGAAAGAAAGAAAGAAAGAAAGAAAGAAAGAAAGAAAGAAAGAAGGAAAGAAAGAAAGAAAGAAAGAAAGAAAGAAAGAAAGAAAAAAAGAAAGAAAAAAAGAAAGAAAAAAAGAAAGGAAAAAACCCCACCCCACGUGAAGAAAAAGGAGCCCAUCGAGGCUAGGAUGGGAAGAACUAGUUUUGGAGGAAGUGCCAUUCCUAGGAAAAAAUCAAGACAUUCUGCUUCAGAGUCCAGCCUGGGUGCAACUUCUUAUGCGGGGGCCUGGCGGUGUCAAAACUUUGAAGAUUAAUGGAUUACUUUGUUAAUGACUCAAGGCGUCAGAUUGAGGUGCUUAAAUGAUUUGUGAGGUGCAAAGCGUUUUCCUGACAGUCCCAAACAAUGAGAGAAGAGUGUGCGGGUGGAGGCGAGGGAGGCAGCAGGCUGCAGGACAAGCAGCCACACACACACACACUCGCAGCCUCUCACACAAACAUAUCCACGCACAUGCACCCUCCCCCUACCCCCGAUCAUUUCAGAUUAGGACGCCAAGGGGAUAGAUACUCGAGAUAUCAUUUCCCUCUUUAAAAAAAGUGUAAAUAAAUCCUUUCUGGCCCCCAAUGAGGCGUUCCUUCCCGACUUUUUUGGAUCAAUCAAACAGACAGUGGCUUCUUUUGAUUAAAGCCCAAAUUGUCAUUGGGCAGAGGCAAUCAUGUGACAGCCAAUUCGGUCCAAUUUCAACCUUGUCUCCAUGAAUUCAAUAGUUUAAUAGUAGCACGGUCCCCAUACGGCUGUAAUCAGUGAAUUAGAAAAAAAACACCCCACCAGCGAUCUUCUAUGCUAUAUUUUUUUCUCCUCUCUCUCCUUUUUCCUGGGCCUUCCCCCCCCGAGCCCCCUGAAUCCGAGGGAACUUUUUCUCCGCGGGGGCUGCCAGUUGAAGGCCAUGAAUUUCGCAUUUGAGCGAGAGAUCGGUUUUAUCAAUAGCCAGCCAUCGCUUGCUGAGUGCCUGACAUCUUUUCCCCCUGUCGGUGAUACAUUUCAAAGUUCAUCAAUCAAGAACUCGACGCUUUCACACUCGACACUGAUUCCUCCUCCUUUCGAGCAGACCAUCCCCAGCCUGAACCCCGGCAGCCACCCUCGCCACAGCGGCGGCGGUCGCCCCAAGGCGAGCCCUCGCGGCCGCAGCGGCAGCCCGGGCCCCGCCGGCGCCCCGCCGCCGCCGGAGUACCCCUGGAUGAAAGAGAAAAAGGCGUCCAAGCGAUCCGCGCUGCCGCCCGCCUCGGCCUCUGCCUCAGCCGCCGGACCUGCCUGCCUCAGCCACAAAGACCCCCUUGAAAUCCACGAUAGCGGUAGCGGUGGAUCUAGGCGGCUGAGGACGGCUUACACCAACACCCAGCUUUUGGAGCUAGAGAAAGAAUUUCAUUUCAACAAGUACCUCUGUAGACCAAGGAGGGUUGAGAUUGCAGCCUUGCUGGAUCUGACUGAGAGACAAGUCAAAGUUUGGUUCCAGAACAGGAGGAUGAAGCACAAGAGACAGACUCAGUGCAAGGAGAACCAGAACAGCGAGGGGAAAUUUAAGAGCCUAGAGGACCCCGAGAAAACGGCAGAGGAGGAGGAGGAGAAAUCCCUCUUCGAGCAAGCCCUCAGCAACGUCUCCGGCGCUCUCUUGGAGCGGGAAGGCUACGCUUUCCAGCAGAAUGCCCUCUCUCAGCAGCAGGCGCAGAAUGCGCACAAUGGCGAGUCCCAAACUUUCCCCGUUUCGCCUUUAACGAGCAAUGAGAAAAAUCUGAAACAUUUUCAACAUCAGUCACCCACUGUUCAAAACUGCCUCUCAACAAUGGCCCAGAACUGUGCAGCUGGCCUGAACAAUGACAGUCCUGAGGCCCUAGAUGUCCCUUCUUUACAGGACUUUAACGUUUUCUCCACAGAUUCCUGCCUACAGCUUUCAGAUGCAGUUUCCCCCAGUUUGCCAGGAUCUCUGGACAGCCCCGUAGAUAUUUCUGCUGACAGUUUUGACUUUUUUACAGACACACUCACUACAAUCGACUUGCAGCAUCUGAAUUACUGAGAAAUUAAAGACGUCCUCUCCAAGGGUCCUGCUUUCUCCUCCUUAUUCUUCUUUAUUUUUUCUCGUUAAUUAAUUUUAUUUUCCCCCUUCCCUUUUCCUGGUCAGUAUUUUCUGUUUUUUUACCUCCCUCUGCUAUACCAUUUUUGCCGUUUCCUACGAAGUUUUAGUUGUGUUCGCUUUUUACCUAGCCACCUUCUAGGUUCUUCUAUUAAAGCAAUAUAUGAGGUCUGUAAGAAAGUGAUCAUAUAGGAAUUGUAUCUUCACUUUCUUUUUAUUUUUGUAUUGCAUUAGGAUGCAUUGUCAUAAGUAUUUUUGGUAGAAUAAAUUCUUGUUUGC